GAACUGCUUUGUGUAUUCCUGAGCUCACUCCAUCAAAACAUAGGAUUACAAUAUUUCGGUACGAAAAUGUCGAUUCAGCCAAGUCAGAUAUAAAAAGAAUAUUUGCACAUGUUUUAAGAAAUGUAUACGAAGUUAGAAUGCAUGAAGAUUUGGCAAUGGGGGAAAUCUAUGUGAUAGAUUGUGAAAAUCUUAAACUAGAUAUUGUAUUAAAAAUAACACCAGUAAUACUAAAGCAGUGUGCGUUUGUUUUCGAGAACGUGCACAGUUUUAGACUGAAAGCAAUACAUUAUAUCAACCCUCCAGGAUAUUUUCAUAACACCAUUACAUUGCUUAAAUCGAUGCUGAGUAAAAAGUUAUCAGAAAGGGUAUAUAGCCACAAAACAAUUAAUGACCUGACAAAAUAUAUUCCAUUGGAUCUUCUGCCUAGUGACUACGGCGGUAAACAAAAAUCUUGCAGUGAAUUAGCCGAGUUAUGGAAACAAAAAAUGUUUGAAUAUAAGGACCGAUUUGACCAACUCGAAAGUAUGAAAGUAAAUGAAGAGCUUCGACCAGAAAAACUACAAAAUGAUGAACUCUUAGGUUACCAUGGCAAUUUUAAAAAGAUUGAGACAGAUUAACUAACAAUUUUGUAAAUGGACAGCAAUAAGAGGACAAAGAAACAAUUUAAAAUUAUAACAAAACAUUAUAUUUAUAAUGGUCACGUUAAGUUGUUAAAUAAUAUGUAGAGCAAGUAGGCUCAAAGCACAUAAAGCACAUUUUAUCUAUGUAAUAAAGUUUAUGUUUA